GUGCCAGUCCAUCAAAUGGCACAUUCUUCGAUCGAGUGGGGACGCGCGCAUGAGGGCGCUGUACACUCUGCGUCGGAGUAAGGAUGCGAAGCUGACAAAGCGAUAUGCGGCGACAAUAGAGCUGGAGUGUGCAGAGGCAUCAGUAGGUUCAGGGACUCUCCGUCCACCGUCAUCUUCAAGUCAUCGUGCAGGGUUGGGUGCUCGUGCUCCGAAGCAGCAUUCCAAACCCCCGAGGAAGGAUCUCCUUCAAACAUUUGAGGAGAUCAACGCGCAGGAGCAGAUUUUGAGGCUGAAGACUCUUCAGGUGCAAGGCAAGUGGUUGGAGUGGACAUCGGUGAUGUGGCAGGACCUCUCGUGGAAAUCCCUUUUGUACGGUGGUACUGGUAAGGAUUUGAAAUUUCUUCUCGCAUCAACCCUCGACGUGCUACCUUCUCCGACGAACCUACGCCGUUGGGGAAACACCGUAGUGGAUCCGUACUGUAGUUUGUGCCGUACCUGGGCCUGUACUACGCGCCACGUGCUUGGCGCUUGUCGCGUAGCGCUGGACCAGGGACGUUACACCUGGAGGCACGACAACGUACUCGGGGUCAUCGUCAGGAACAUGCGUGAGGAGAUUCGAAUCCGCACUGCUGCAAACACCGUACAAACCGAAAAUUCAAAUGAGCUUGACUUCAUCUCGUUUUGCAAGGCGGGAGAGAAGCCAGUUCGCGUUCAGCCCAGACGAAAGUUGGUUACGACUGAUCUCCUGUCAGCGGCCUCAGACUGGAAACUUCUUGUCGACUCAGUUAGUGCAAAGAUUUCUUUCCCUAGCUGUGUUGCACUUACCACCCUAAGACCAGAUAUAGUUCUGUACUCUACGAGUCGUAGGAUUGUAUUCUGGAUGGAGUUGACAGUUUGUGCUGAGGACAGAUUCAGUGUCAGUAACUCGCGGAAGGACAGGCGGUAUGCGGAUCUGGCCGAUCAAUGCCGAGCAAACGGGUGGCAGGUCGUUUCUUUUUCGGUUGAGUAAGACGUCUCUGCGAAGCAGCUACAUCAUCUGGUUGCGGCGUCAACAAAAACACUGGUCGGAAGAUCCACUUUUCUGAGGUACUGUAUGUGGGGCUCCGUUUAUUGAGGUGCGUUGAAAUUUAUUCUCUUUAUCUUAUUAUUUCUUUUCUAUAAUUUCCCCAUAUGAGUUCCUAUCAGUUGCUGUGAACACCUUGAGUGGAGAGCGCUUGCUCGAGCGUUGAACCGGGUUCUUAAUCCACCAUACCCAGUUCGCAAGGCUGGGCGGGGUUGUGAGCAGGCUUUCAUUUCAUCUUUUCUUAUUAUUUCUUAUUAUUUCUGCUUUUCAUCUCAUUACAAAAAUUCUGCGCUUUUUUCUCCAUCUGCGCAUAAAAUCUAGACUGACAACCUGCUUGUUAAAUCAUGCACCUGCUUUCAGGCGUAAAAACCCUGUUGUAGAGGUCUCAGUCCUCAUUUGUUAGACUUACCUGUCUUUAUAAAUGUAACUUACUCUCUCUCUCUCUCUCUCUCUCUCUCUCUCUCU